GUGGGGGUGGGGGUGAGGCCUGUGCCAUAAGGUUCUCCGCAAAAGCUUGGGAAGACUAGUUAGUCCUCCGGGUUGUGGGCGUUGCCUCCUGCCCAGCCCUCCGCCCUCACCGGCAGCUUCAGCCCCACCAGGGGCGUCCCCAGGAUCUGUGCCCCAGGCCUGCCUAUCACCUGGGAUCUGCUUGGAGCCAGGGCUCUUCUGGCCAAGCCAAGGCUCACGGUGUCUUCCAGCUACUCCAUGAGUGACACAAACCAAACCAUUGUGGGACCCUCGGAGCUCCCCAUGCUAUCAGCCAUGACCCCUGGGCCAGGCUCUGGGGCCCGGGCAUGGCCUGUGCUGGUGGGGGUUGUGCUGGGAGCUGUGGUCCUCUCUCUCCUCAUUGCACUUGCUGCCAAAUGCCACCUCUGCCGCAAAUUCCGCCUCAGCUAUCAGCAUCGCCCACUGCCCGGGACAAGGAAGGGGAUUUGUCCGGAGGCCGGUGAAGAUGAGGAUGAUGAUGGUUUCAUUGAGGACAAUUACAUUCAGCCUGGGGCCAGCGAGCUGGGGACAGAAGGUAGCAGGCACCAUUUCUCCCUCUGAGCCACGACCUUUGCACACCCUUUGCCUGACAGCUUAAGAAUUGUAAAUACUACAAUGAACUCAGGGAUGGAGGUGGCUAGGAUUUAAGAGCUGACCAGGGAUUGAGCAAUUUUCCCAGCCCUGACACUAGCCACCAAAGUGACAAUGCCCCUCUCUUGCUCAAUAACUCUCAGUGGCUCCCUGCUAUUCUCAGCAUAAAGCCUACCAAGGACCUGACUAUGGAAAUGAGGCCUCUGUCAGCCUCUUGGUUUGCAUUCUCCCUACUUAACUAGUUGUUAUUAUAUACCAGUUGGUAACAUUUUAGCAGAUGAAAACCAGUGUGCCAAGUUUCUUAUUGAAAUUUUUUCCUAUCAAUACCGUGGGUAAUCUAAAUAGUUAUAAUAUAUUCUGUUUUUCACAGGUACUAAUAAAUCUAUUUUUAUUUCAAAUAAA